GAGGCAGCUUCGUCGACAUCGAGUCGAUUAACCGGCAAAGCAACGCCGCUACCUCGGAACGUCGCGAGAAGUCGCGCGACUUCAAAGCGAUUCGUUCAACUUUUCGGUCCGCCCGCGGGGGUUAAAAAGGAAAUUCCGCGGUCCAAAAUCGGAGAGUCCUCCUCCCGAGCCGGGAAUCGCGGUCGGUGCCCAUCGGGGGAGCCUUUUCGCGAAAUGGCCGAGUCGAGAUCCCCCCGGAGCACCCGGGCCAACACGGCGGCUUAUCUAAUGACCAAACCCGCGGAUUUUCUCGAGGGUGGCCAACGCGUCAAAAUCGUCAUAGUCGGCAGCGGAUGCGUCGGCGUAUCGGCGGCGAUCGCGAUCCUCUUCAAGCGCCUCGCCUCCGAGUUGGUGCUCCUGGACGCGAACGGGGACCUUGCAGGGGCGCAGGCCGAGGACCUCGGUCACGCCGCGGGCUUCCUGGGCAAUCCUGCCAUCGUCGGCACGAAAGACUUCUCCGCCGCCCGGGAGGCUGCCGUGUGCGUGAUCGCGUGCGGAAGACGUCCAGCCGCCGAUGAAGAUCCCAGGACCCUCCUCGACGGGAAUCUGGCCGUUCUGAGGACGGCGAUCCCGAGCGUCUGCAAGUUCGCCCCGAACAGCGUCCUGGUGAUCGCCACCACCCCCGUGGACAUCCUGUCGUACGCGGCCAUGAAGCUGUCGGGGUUCCCCCCGAACCGCGUGAUCGGCGUCGGGACCUUCCUGGACAGUUGCCGGUUUCAGUGGUUCAUCGCCGAGAAGCUGGGCAUCUCCGCGAGCUCCGUCCAGGCCUUCGUGAUCGGAGAGAACGGACCCACUUCCGUGCCGGUAUGGUCCGCCGUGACGGUGGCAGGAACGAAGCUGCGGGACGUCAACGGAGAGAUCGGCUCCAGGUCGGACCCCGAGGCCUGGGGAGAGCUCCACUCCAGGGUCGUCCGCAGCAACGACGAGCUGACCCGGAGGAAGGGUCACUGUCCCUGGGGAAUCGGGAUCUGCAUCGGGGAGAUCGUCGACGCGGUCAUCCGGAAUACUCGCGUUUGCCUGACGGUGUCCACCUUCGUCAAGGGUUGUCGUCACGGAUUGGAAAAGGACGUGUUCGCGUCGUUGCCCUGCGUCGUGGGGAGGAACGGCGUCCAGUCCUACGUUCGCCACCUCUACACACCUGAGGAGCAGGACCUGACGACCGCGUCCUGCAGGGCGAUCUACGAGGCGCAGAAGCCGAUAAUGGACCAGCUGGAGUGA